AUGCGCCAGAGUAUUCUGUACACUGUCGGCCGCAUCUGCGAUGAAGAAGUGCAAAAGCAACAGCACGGGCAUCGUGCGCGCACUAGACCUAGCAUGUCUAAAGAGGCCAUGGCGUUGCUGGCUGACCUUGUCUAUAAACAAUCCGAAGUGAUGGCUACAGAGCUGCAGUUUUUCGCGCGCCAUGCUAACCGAAAGAUCAUCAAGUCAGAGGACGUCAUACUGUGUGCCAGAAAACACCCUAAUCUGACCAAUCUGCUGCAAAAAUAUCAGCGAGAAACUUGUAAAUCUAGUUUGGUGCCGUCAACGAGCUCCAAAAAAAGACGCAAAAAUUUUGCAGACUUGGAUAAACACCACUGA